GGAGGACAGGGCCAAACAGCUCUGCUUCCUCCAGGCUAUCCCACGUCUGUGCUUCUUGGCACAGCAGCAGGGGCGGGACACCCUGGAGCCGCACAUCUCAAAAGCGGCCCUCGUGGAGAGCAUUGCGGAGCUGAUUGAAAAUCUGCCCCUGGUGCCAGAGCCAACCUCCGUCAUCUCCAGCUCCAUGGACGCGGUUUGCAGCCUCAGCAAACUGAAGCCGCCGCUUGCCCUGGAGCUGGAGUCACGCCUCCUGCGGGCUCUUCUUUAUAGCAUAUUUGCCAUGGGCACUGGGCAGGAUGCCACCCACUUCCAGGCUCUGUACAACACCUAUUUACAGGGCCUGGACACCAUGCUCAGGUGCCUGCUCACCGAGACCCCCACCACAGACAAGCUGCAGCACCUCUUGGAGCACGUCCAUUUCUGGCUCCAGUCCAAAAACACCCAGGAGAGAGUUAGAGCCAUACGGUGCAGCGCUGCCCUGCUCCAAUUCGCCACCUCCCUGCCCGGAUUUGACGUAUGGAAAACAGUUUAUGGAGAUGAUUUUAAAAUAAAAACGGUUGUUGCCCCUUUUAGAAAAGGUGACCACGUGAGACUAUCUAAAACCAAAGGCGCUUUUGAAAAAGGUUAUGAACAGACGUUUACCGAUGAGAUAUUUAUAGUGGAUGAAGCCUUAACCAGGGGUCAGAGACCUGUAUACCGAUUAAAAGAUUACGAGGGUGAGGCAGUUACUGGAUCUUUUUACCCUGAAGAAUUACAAAAAGUAAACCUUAAACGAGACAGGAUUGAAAAAGUUCUAGCAUAG